AAGAAAACAACUUGUGACGGUGACGCAAGUUGUAGCUCUCCGAUGAUGCCUGAGUUUCCGAUUUGUAAUUCCGAUUUUUAUGAACGUAACAAAAAUAUUUUCGCAGUCUUUUUUCCGACUUUCCAUUUGUGUUAAAUAAACUGAAGUCUGAGGUCCAAUAUUUCCGAUUUCCGUGUUGUCUUGAACUCACCGUCUGUCUUGUAUUUACUGCGUGUCACCAGUUGAGUCCAAAAUAACGUCUAGCGGAGGUGUAGUUCACUAGCUAGCUGUUCAUCUAGCUACACAAAAGGAUUGCUCUUUUUCUUUAAUGAUUUGAUUCAUUCGCGUAAUUUUGUAGCUAGCGAAGUGAGCAGUAAAUCAAAUCCUCAUUCCUCGAUAGCUAUUAAGCUAGCUAGCGAGCCUGCUAACGUAUCCCCAUUUGUGCUAUCUCGGCUAACUAACUAGCUAGCUACAGACAGAAGCAAUGUCCAUGUAACUGUCAUCGAUGCAUUAAACAUCUAGCGUUGUGUGACACAUUCAGUCUCAGCACCAUGAGCCUGGUCCGCGUUGUGUGUCGUCACAAGACGGCCCUGGCCAUCGGAGGAGUGUGCCUCUUUGCUGUUGUCCUCCUUUUCCUCGCCAAGUGUACCUCGGAGACCCUAAAACAGGGCCAGGCCGACCCUCCAGGCCUAGCACCCCACGCUGCCCACUCCCAGCCCCGAGCAGAGCACCCUGAGCUCCCCUCACGCCCCAAAGACCUUUCGGCCUUCCUGGUGGUCCUCAUCACCACAGGACCCAAGUACACAGAGCGCAGGAGCAUCAUCCGUAGUACCUGGCUGGCUAAGAAGGAUCCGGAGGUUCUAGCUAUGUUCGUGGUGGGAACCGAGGGUCUGCCCGCAGAGGAUAUGCAGAACAUCAACACAGAGCAGGGGCGGCACAAAGACCUGCUGUUACUCCCCGCGCUGCGAGACUCGUAUGAGAACCUGACCCUGAAGCUGCUGCAUAUGUAUUCCUGGCUAGAUCACAACGUAGACUUCAAGUUUGUUUUAAAAGCGGACGAUGACACUUUUGCUCGUCUGGACCUGUUGAAGGAGGAGCUGAAGACUAAAGAACCCAGCCGGUUGUACUGGGGCUUCUUCUCAGGCCGCGGUCGCGUGAAGACCGCAGGGAAGUGGAGGGAGUCGGCCUGGGAGCUGUGUGACUACUACCUACCCUACGCCCUGGGUGGAGGCUACCUGCUCUCCUGCGACCUCGUACACUACAUCCGAAUCAACACGGCCUACCUCAAGGUGUGGCAGAGCGAGGACGUGUCACUGGGGGCGUGGCUAGCCCCGGUGGACGUCAAACGGACACACGACCCUCGAUUCGACACGGAGUACAAGUCUCGGGGGUGUAGUAAUAAAUACAUGGUGACUCACAAGCAGAGCCUGGAGGAUAUGUUGGAGAAACAGCAGACGCUGCAGAGAGACGGGAGGCUGUGUAAGGAAGAGGUUAAACUCCGCCUCAGCUACGUGUACGACUGGAGCGUCCCGCCCUCACAGUGCUGCCAGAGGAAGGAUGGAAUACCCUGACCUAUAACCCCUAACCUUCCUCACUUUGUCCACCCAUGUAAUUCUCAUCAGUGUUUCCCCUACUACGGUUACCCAGGCGGUGUGGUGCUCCCCCUAAGCCUUACUCCGUUCUGUGGUGCCCCCCCCCUUCCCUGUAAAAUAUUGUGCUGCCUUCAGUUGACCUCCAUAGAAGAUGUCUGUUAUGGCAGCCCGCCUAUGAAAAGACCUGAGGAAAACACUGAUCCCCAUUCCCUUUUUCUAUAUGCUUAUUUAUUUAUUUAUUCUGGAGCCUUUGCUGACUGUCCUAAAGCACACUGGUACAGGACUGGGAGAGUGGACCUGACUGGCUGCAGCCACACAACAGGAGACCGUCAUAACAGCACAUGUAUGUUGGGAGAAAGUGUACUUAAAGGAACCAGUAUUCAGCUGUCUGGUUGGACAAUGAAAAGACUCGAGUCAUUCCUGAAUCUGUUUAAAAUGUCCUGGAGACUCUCUUUUAAGUGGAAGUGGCCCUAUUUAUGAAUGCGAUGGAAGUGAUUCUCUUGAUAUGAAAAAGGGGUGUAUUGCUUCAGAACAAUGGUACAGAAUGAGCCAGUCAUGGGUUGGUGGUAUUUGGAGUUGCAUUGAGACAAUGUGUAAUAUUGUAGGCCUCUCUCUCCCCUGCUUCCUGAGAGUUCUGUUCAGUUGGGAGAUUUACCCUACCUGCUGUCUGUGUUUGGUUGACGUAUUUACUAAAGUGCAGUGAUGGUCAACAGAGCUCUUUGUGUUCAGCUGAGCUACUCUACAGGUAAUUUUCCAGCUGAUAUUCGGUUACUUUUUAAACCCCCCCCCCAAAAAAGACUGCUUCUGUUAAUGUCGUUGAAGAAACCAACCGUUGUAUAUUGUGACUGACUUUGACCGUGUCCUCAUCACCAGUGUUGUUUUAAACCUACUGUCAAACUACUUCAAUGUGAAUGUUUAAAAUAUUUGGACCUAUUAAAAUGUUUUUGAAACAUG